AGAUUUGUAUUCUUUGGAAAUUGGAUCGAGCAAAAUUUAUAAAAUAAGCUUUGAUUGGAAGACUAUUACAAUGCUUUUUGAGGAUAGCACUACGUUAUAUAGAGACAUUGAUGUCGAUGAAAAAUACAUCUAUGCUGUUGGCAUGUAUAAUAGAAUGAUACACGUAAUUUGGAAAUCUACUGGGAAAUUACAGUCACAAAAACCAUUAUCUCCAUACUUAGGCACAGUUUCUUUCAUCUUAAAAGUUCCAGAUGUCCAAAGAGGUUAUCGGAAUAAUGCAACACUAAAUGAUCCAAUCAGUGAAAGUGACACCAUAGCAAUUGUUCUAAUAUGUUUCACAGUGAUUGCCGUUCUGACUUUCUUUGUAGCUGGGUUUACUUUUUUCAGAAGAAGGGGGAAAUGUUUUUGUUUUCGAAGAAUAUUGUGGGAAAAACGCCUGCCACAAAGCAAUAUGAGGUCUAUAUAUUCUUUCCCACCAGAAAGCAGCAUAAGACACCCUCCACCAUUACCGAAAAGAUCUUAA